AUGGAACCUGCGCUAGUUGCCGCUCGCCACCGUGCUCGUGUUUUGAUGCAUCGUUACAACAUCUCCCCGCCCACUCUGGAUGGACGAGAAAGAAGGGAGAUUCUGGCAGAGCUCCUCAACGUACCUGUGUGUGACCUAGAUUCAGUGUUAGUGGAGCCGCCUUUGUAUGUUGAUUAUGGGACGAACAUCAAGCUCAAUGGCUCGUUCUACGCGAACUAUAAUACGACUAUCCUCGACUGUGCGACUGUUACUAUUGGUACACGUGUUAUGUUCGGUCCGAAUGUUUCGCUUUACGCAGCAACUCACGGCAUCAGCGUUAAAGAACGCCAAACAGGCUUGGAGCGCGCAUCAGAAAUAAUCAUCGGAGAUGACUGUUGGAUCGGCGGCGGCGCAAACAUCCAAGCCGGUGUCGUACUUGGUCAAGGAUGUACCGUCGGUGCAGGUUCUGUCGUUACUAAGAGCUUUCCAGAUUGGAGCAUCGUCGUAGGAAAUCCUGCCCGCCUCCUUAAGGUUGUUCCAGAAGAAGAGCGAGGUUCUCAAUGGAACCCUGAGGCAGAGAGUCUCAAGAAUUAG